UGGCCGCUUACCCGCGUCCAAGAUGGCUGCCCGCCGCGCGCUGAGCCACAUCCAAGAUGCCCGCCGCAGCUCGCCCUUCCGCGCCGUGACCUCACUGCCGCGCGCCGGAAGUGGCCGUUCGUCCGUUGUCACGCCGCGGCUCCGGCCCGGGGUUCCGGGGUCGGCGGCGGCCCGGCAGUCAUGGAGACGGGCGAGGCCCGGCUGGCCGUGGCGGACACGCUGGCGGCGCUGAACGCGGCGCUGCGGCGGGACGCGGGCCCCGGGCUCUGGUUUAAGGAGACCAGCGCCCGCAACCUGCGCAGCCGCGACUUCCUGGCGCCGCGCGGCGCGCUGCGCACGCUCUUCCCCGGCGGCCAGGUGCCCGGGGCGGCGGUGGAGGCAGUGCAGGCACUGCGGGGCGCGGCGGUGCCGCCGGUGCGGAGCUGCCAGCAGGGCGUGGCGGGGCUGGCCGUGCAGCUGCACCGCACUGCCGUCUUCCGCCACGUCCUGGCCUCCGCCGACACCUACGCCCGGCCGCCGCCGCCUGCCGCUGCGGUGUCGCCGCGCGUGGUCCUGCACUGCGCCGCCCUGCAGCGCCGCCGCCCCGCGCCGCUCGGCCUGGCCCAGCUGCGCGCCGUCCUGCUGACCGACCACCUGGCUGCGGUGCUCCGGGCAUGCGGGGCGAACGUGCGCCUGGUCCCGGCUGCCCCUGAGGACAGCGUCCGCGAGCUCCUGGGCCAGCUGGGGGUGGACUGGCCCUGGGCGCCCGAAGCGCCGUCCCCCCCGGAGGCUGUGGCAGCCUGGAAACGAGCGCUCAGCCAGUGCCCGCACGCCACGGCGAGGGAGCCGGGCCCAGGGGCCGACGGGACGCUGUUUGUGGUGCGCCUGAGGAGCUUCCUGGAGCAGCGGGGCCUGCAGGGCUACGACCCCAGCCUGGACGUCCUCCGGGUGACCGAGGAGGAGCUGCGAGCGCUGGCAGAGGUGGAGCGCGCGGCCCAGCGCAGCCUGGCCGAGGCCCCGGGGAGCGCCUGCACCGUGCUGCACGUGGUGAGCGGCGAGGAGGAGCUGCAGCAGCAGAAGGCCGACUUGCUCUGGAGGAUGCUGGAGCCUGGGGCGCUCUCUGCCGCACAGAAACACCUCGUGUGCGGGCCAGUGAAGGCUACAAGCGCUUCACUCCCUGAAGGGGCCUCGCAGUACUACCAGCUGCGCCAGCGCCAGCUGCACAAAGCCUCGGUGAUGAAGUACGGAGACCUCGCCCAUGACGAGUCCUGGACCGAGGUCAGCAGGGUCCUGACCUCCGCAGCCAUCCGCUUUGAGAUGUUGAGCACAGCCCACCGCAGCCAGGGAGGUGGGGGACCAGGUGGCCUCUCCCCACAGAUCACGCUGGACCUGGCAGAUGGCGGCAUCUCCACCAAGGGCACCCGGAGUGGGGCCUUUGUGAUGUACAACUGCGCCCGGCUGGCCACACUCUUCCAGAUGUACCAGCAGGCUGUAGAGCAAGGUACCUACCCAGCCUUGCCUCCGCCGCCAGAGCUGGACUUCUCCUGCCUCCGGGAAGAGGGCGAGUGGCUCCUGCUCUUCAACCACAUCCUCCCCUUCCCUGAGCUCCUGCAGCAAGCAGCUCAGCUCCCCAUCUCCAGCAGCGGGAUCCGCAUCACGGCCAACACCGAGGCGGUGUGCAGGUUCCUGGUCCAGCUCAGCAUGGACUUCAGCUCCUACUACAACCGUGUCCACAUCCUGGGGGAGCCACUGCCUCAUUUGUUCCCCCCAAUGCUGGCCCGGCUACAGCUGCUGAGUGUGGUGAGGAAUGUGCUGCACAGCGCCUUGGCCACGCUCCACCUGCCACCCCUCAACCAGGUCUGACAGCGAGGACCCUGCCGAUGCCAGCCAGGGCAUCCUGCCAGCACCCUCGGCCGUCAUAGGCUGUGCAGGGUGCUGGUGAGCACACGGGACAGGAGGUGGAGGGGUCUGCUCCACCUGAGACGGGUGCCCACUGGAGCAGACGGGGCCUCAUGCCUGGCUGGAGGCGCUCCAGGGAGCCAUCCUGCUAUGGAGACUUCUGCUUCUGCUUUGCUGAGGUCCUAUUGCCUCUGCCCACCUGGGGCCAAAUACAGCCUGUUCUCCA